CGGGGGUGCAGCCCUGUCGCGGCUCCCGGCGGGUGUGCGGGAACGCAGAGGGGCCCGUAUCCCCCAGGGAGACUCCGCCUGGGCUGCUCUGAAGUUCGCUGCGGCGUGCCACACCGGUGUUAUUUGAUGCUUAUAUAACAGGGAUGAGGGGAGACUCCUACUUCUUUGGAAUGCGAGACCUCGGUCACUAUGGCUGCAUCCCGGAGGAUGGAGAACAGUUCUUGCUCUACUCUAUAAAUGGAGACAACGAUUUAAAGAGAUGUUUUGCAGAAGAAGAUUUUAAUGAAAUAAUUGACUUCAACGAUCUCCCGAAUUCUCUCUUUGCUUGUAAUGUUCACCAGUCUGUGUUUGAAGAUGAGGACAGUAAGGAAAAAUUUGAAGGCUUGUUCCGUGCCUAUGACGACUGCGUGACAUUCCAGCUGUUUAAAAGCUUCAGGCGUGUGCGGAUAAAUUUUAGUAGUCCCAAAUCAGCUGCUCGUGCCAGAAUAGAGCUGCAUGAAACACAGUUCAGAGGGAAGAAGUUAAAGUUGUAUUUUGCACAGAUUCAGACCUCUGAGACAGAUGGAGACAAGCUUCAUUUGGCACCACCACAGCCUGCAAAACAGUUUCUCAUCUCGCCUCCAGCCUCCCCACCUGUAGGGUGGCAACCAAUAGAUGAUGCAACACCUGUCAUCAACUACGACCUCCUUUAUGCAGUUUCUAAGCUAGGACCAGGAGAAAAAUAUGAGCUGCAUGCAGGAACAGAGUCCACUCCCAGUGUGGUAGUGCAUGUCUGCGACAGCGACCUGGAAGAAGACGAGGACCCAAAGAAUUCUCCAAAGCCAAAAAUCAUUCAAACCCGACGCCCUGGUCUGCCACCUCCCGUAUCUAACUGAGCCUCUCCGGCAGAAGCAGCACGUCUCUCCUCCAGCACAGCUCUUGGUUUUUGUUUGCUUUGUUUUGUCAAAAGGCAGCCAAUGCCUUUUGAGUACCAGGACAUUAAACUCAUUGAAAUCCCUCCACAGUAAUCAAGCCUAUGUAAUAAAAGGGCUAGGAAAAAGAUCUUUGUAUAUGUAACCAUAUCACACACCAACUAAUAGAUUUUUCUGGAAAGGACAAAACAAGGCUGAAGAAACAAGGGAAGAUUUCAGGCUGAGGAUGUUUUCACAGCUAUAAAUUGCAUGCUGAAACACCGCUACCAGAGAGAUUGUUCAGGGUGGGCAAUUAAGCCGAUAUCAGGGCUGAUAUUCAGACUCCCAGAAUACUUGCUACUGCCCUUCAUCAAGCAGCCUGCUCCUCUGACCUCACUUCCCCAGCAGACCUUAGUCUUCCCCUUUUUGUUUUUUUGGUUUUUUUUUUGUUUUGUUUUGUUUUAAGGAGGAGGGUAUGUGUGUUGUUUUUAAUCUGCUAGCAGCUUGGUGAUUUUUUUCAUUCCCCUGGAAUUUUCUGUAAGGAAUACUAUCUUUGCAACACUUUUAGGAACAACAGAAAAAUACCCUCUUCCACCAACAGCUGUAGAGUACACUGGCCCUUGAUGGUGGCAGGGCUGUGAGACAGAGCUCUCUGGGCUGAGGGGCGAGGCAGCAGCUUGCUGGAGGGUUUGGUGUCUUUUCAGUCCUCCUCUCUAAGGAGGAGGGAGCCAGAAUAUCAAUAUGGAUUGUCAUUUUAUCUUCCAUGAAGGCAUGAGUGGUACUUCUCUCUGAGUUUGAGGAAGAAAAGGAAGCUGACUGCUUGUUUAAGACGGGAUUCAUUGCUCUCUGUCAUAGCUGUAUGAUCUAGUAAUGAUGCAGGCUGAAUGCUUUCCUAGUGGUGUGUUGAUUAGCCCUGAACUGGUAGUAACUACUCAUACAUCUUUACUACUCAGACCUUUUCCCUCCCCACUUCCUGUGCUUUAAAGCCCUUUUUGAGCUGUAUGCAGUUUGGGUUUGUGGAGGUGAGGAGACGUUAGUUGGGGUUCUUUUGCUGUUCUUUUUUUUCUCUCUUUUUUUUUUUUUUUUUUAGGCCAAAGAGAACAGGACCAUAAUUACACACUUGAAAUUAGACUGCAUGCGAUCAAAUCCCCCUUUUUAACUCUGUCCUGCAUGUUUCUUUCACUUGCAAUGUAUACUGGGUUACAAAAAUUGUUCUGUGUUUUCAUCAUGGCUGACAGCAGACAGAUACUGGAUUCCCUGUCUGGCAGACCUUCCAUGAUGAUUUUUUCUAUGCGUACUUGUCAUUUUGAGAACAUAUUUUCUAGACAUUUGAGCUCAGAUUUUGCAUAUAUUUAAGCAUGCGCUUAAUUUAUGCACAUGAGUAGUUCCACUGAAAUUCAUACUGCAGAAAACUGAGCAUAUGUGUAAGAUACGGUGGGAUUUUUAAGCUAAUUAGCUGCAGCUGUACUCCCAAAAGUGACUAUAAAGUGGCACAGAGAGAUUCCAUGGUUUAAAAUCCUUUAAAAGUUACAAUAAGUAAAUACAUCUUGGAAGCUCACUCUAGGAUCUGAAGUCAGCUUGCGUUCUGUAGUCAAGAUAUUUUUUGUCAUAAAACCUAAUGAUCUGGUUUCUGAGGGAGGGUUCCAUUGUUAAAGAAGUACAGUUCGGUCCGGGCAUCCAGUGUUAGUCACACCGCAGCUCGAACCCUAGGGUUCCUGAAGCAGAGUCUCAGACACCAAAUCCUGUAAAAAUAAGUCAGCAGGGGAGGGACUCAAACCCACCCCAAUAUGUAGAGGGACUUAAACCCACUCUGAUACUGAGAGAAUCAUAGAACACCAUGUUGGAAGGGAGCUCAAGAAUCAUCUGGUCCAACCUUUCUUGGCAAAAGCUUGAGAGGGGCUCAAACCCACUGCAGUAUCUUCACCAGAUCUGCUCAGGGAAUUUUAACACUCACCCUUCGAUGCCUCCUGCUCUAAAAAUUCCAAGUGAACUCACCCGAGGCUGGCAGUGGGAUGUUUAGAGGUGAGAGGAUCCGAAGGUUAAAGCAGCGCAGUGUGGGCCAGGCGUCUGGUGAUAGCCGCUCUGUAGUUCGAAUCCUACCUUUCCUGAAGCAGAGCCUCUGGCAUCGAAUCUCAUAAAAAAAUAAGUAAUUCAAGAGUGGUCCAGCAGCAGGAUCAGCUUGAGCUGGGUGCCUCCGGAGCCCCAAACAAAGAAAUCCCUGGCCAAUGACACCCUUACAGACUCCGCAUCCACCCUUUCCCGCUCCAAUAGUGACUCUGGCCUCACGCCUCCUGACUCCGUGUUGGAGUCCUUUGCUGUUACCUUGUUCAGUUGUAGCUGCUGUUGAGGGUCGCACCCUCAUCUGGUUUGCGCUGGCUCUGAAGGCCUUGUCUUGCUUGAAUAGAUACAAGUUCAGUACAAGUUCUGCAAAGCUAGCUGAAAGUUUACAGCUCGUGGCCUAAAGCUUCGGCAAAUCUAGCUACUCAUGCUAAGUGAGUGAACAGCAGACUAACGCACACAACAGUACCAGUCUAAGCGAUUCAUUCUAUUUAAAACUUAUUUAAGCUAAACAUUUCUUAACACCAUUCCACCCUCAAUUAGCAGUGAGGCUACGCGCUCCAGCAGCAUCAGGUCCCCCUUGCUGGGGUAUUGGCUCUGCUGCACUUCCAGGCAGAAAAGCAUGUUGCUUGUUGGUGAGGAGAAGAGAUGCCGUUCGCAGCGUGCAUGGUGAGGCCGUUCAGAGAAUGAGGAUUUGCCAUUCUCCUAAUUCGUUCUCUGACCACCACAGCCCCCUAAUAUUCCUGUUGAGAUGUAGCACUUUACUUAGCAUAUAUCUAUAAUGUGAUACCUCUUACUGCAUUAUGGACAUGAUCGUGCAUGUGUUACACUAAUAGAAGCACAUUAAAUACAGCAGAGACUGAACAAAAAAUGGGGCUUUAGUAUCCUUAUGAUAUCUGUGUAUAGUUGUUGUAAAGUAACUCCUUACAGUUUUCACUUUAUUUUUUCAGUGAUGCGUUUAGAAUGGGUUUAAAUAAAUUGUCACUCACUGCCCUAGGACUAUAACCUGAUGUUCCUGUUGAAAACGCCGUCACAGGCCACCUCCAAUAUUUUAGGAAUAACACUACUGUCUUUUUUGAAAACGCUAAGAUCUGUAGGUUUUAGACAAGUAUGAACAGGGAGAGUAAGAUUUAAACAUGUAAGAUUUGUUGAUAUAUGCUGUACAGAGGAAAUUACUGGCCAUAUCCUCAACUGAUGUAAGCGAUCAGAGAUCAUCUCCGAUCAAAGCUGAUACUCUGGAUUUUUUUACAUGCAAAAGGGAUGGAGGCUGAAUCUAGUCCUUGUAUCCAUGUACUCAAUUUUUGGAGAGAUUGGUUGUAGACUACAUACAGCCUUUGGCCUCAAAUGAUGUAAAACUAUACUGCAAAUUAAAGCAUUGGAUCUUAAAUGUUCUUUCCUCAAAGUGCGUUUUCAGACAGAUGUAAAAACAGGCCCCAUUCAAAUACUAUUCUUUGUCUUUGUAAAACAAUAUAGUAAUACCCAGGAGGGCAUGGAACAUGGCUCAUUGGUUAAAGCACAGAAAUAGAAACGCAACUACAAACCUGAAAACUCAAAGCAGCCCUUUGUAACUCUGAUCAAAGCUCAUAUAUCACCUUUACAUGAUAAAAUAAUGGUCAUCAUAGAAAAAUGUUUCAGGUAUUAUGGAAUAACGUCCCUAACAUAAAAGUAACAGCAUUUGUGACUCUAAGGAGAGCCUGGUAUUUUGCUAAAGGCUGGCUCUUGCCUGGCAUGGAAGAAAGGCUUCUUUCAGCAAGUGCUGACCAUCUGGAAGAGUAACUGUCCUAUUUAAUUCAGUAAUUCACAGGCAGAGCCCCUACUUCAGUGGGAAUUUUCUUCUGUGUAGUGUCUGUGAGCUCAGUCCCUCUGACGUGUGCUUUUCCCAGGGUGGCUUCAGUGCUGAAGUAAAUUCUCUCAUGUUGUGAGACUAUAAAUAAGAAUGAAAUCUCGGUGUUACGCUACAGCUUCUGAUGCACAGUGACAUAGACAACAAUCUUUUAAUUUCCUUUGCAAAGCAGGAGCCCGUGAGAGCGGCUGGUGGCGAUGCCCUGGGCCCUUCUCUUGGGUGGACAUUGAUCCUGGCGCUGCUCGGAAAUUCAAGAAGGAAGUCAGGGGAGUACAGUUGCUGUUUCUGUUGCCCACUGCCUGCUUGUCCUUCCUGACCUCUUCAGAUAUGAAAUCAAAAUUUUAAUGACUUCCUAAGUACAGUUAAAAGCAUGAAAACAUUUACAACGCGCAGAGAAAGGGUAUUUUUGAAUCUGCUCUUUCAGAACAAAAGAACAAAGAAUUUCUGUGGCCUUGAUUUUUGUAAUUAAGACAAGGUAGUACAACCCCCCCCUUCCUAACAUACAUACACACUCAAGUACACUUUGUUUUCAGCAAGAAAACGUGGCAAGAGCAUCCCUUCCUCAGCCAUAACAAGACUACAGACUUAUUUAUCGUAAAGUGUUUUAUGUUAUAAAAAUGUGCCCCGUGGAUAAAUUGUUUAACAUUUAUUUGAUCCUAAAUUGGGGGGGGGAGGGCUGGGUUGGUUUUAUUUUGGUCUUUCCCCCCUCCUUCUUCCCAUUCAGCAACAGCAAAAAAGCUUUCUGCAAAAAGAAACUUCUUUGUACAGAGUGACGGAUUGAACCAUCUUGCAAGACUCGAUUACAGUGGUAUGUCUGAGCACUGUGACAGAUUAUGCUAGCGUUUCCAUUAUAUUGUACAUAUUUUUGAAAUAUUCUGUCAUAUUUUAUAGGAGUAUUAAAAAGCUAUUGGCUAAUUAAUCACUUUUACACUUGUAUAAUUCAGAGCUUAGUUUAAAAAAUAAAUAUGGCAAACUAUUUUUGUGUUCUGCUUGCGUUGGCAUUUUGAAAAGCAACAUUUAAAGAGAAGCUAUAUUAAUAAACUGACUAGUGUGGUAAUAGCACUGCUCUCUUAACUGGUAGAACUGAAAAUGCUUAUUGUAUGACAUAGGCCAAACUGUUUCAAUAGAAAUUAGGGGGGGAAAAAUAGUCCUCUCAUUGGCAGGGUACGCCGUGAUCCAUCUUAAACUGCUGUAGUUUCACAGUGACGUGAACGUGCACGGGUUUGCCGUGGCUUUGGCUCAGUGUAUGCAAAAAAGAAUCGAGUGCAAUCUCUGGUUGCAAAAGCUCAUCCCUGACAGCUGAUGUGGUUCUUACUGUGCUUUUAUAAUGGGUAAAUGAAGUGGGCAUGAGUGCCUGAGUAAGGAACAUGGCAUCCAGCUGCCAUCCAGGCUGGGGGAGAAGUUCUAUUGAUGGUAAUUAUUACAAACAUUGAAACUGUUUGUAGUCUCUUGUGUCAAUUUUCACUGGAUCUUGCAAAGGAUUGGAAACCAGGAGAUGAGUUUGCUGAUUAACUGUCUUGUGAAAUUCUGAUAUUUGAUCAUUCAGAUCUGCAUUUGGAAAUUUUUUUUUUUUUUUUCUGGGUGCCUGGCAUAAAAGACUUCAUUUCUCAAAGGAUGAUUGAUUGUUCAUGAUUCUGAAAAUCAGAUCCGCUUAAGAAGUCUCGUUGGAAGUGUAAGUUCUGAGCUCACUGAUUCCUUCUGAAAAGACGGGCCUUAGCAUCUGUGUUUUGAUUAGAAAAAAUAGUAAUAGUCAUCUUCUUACAGAGCACUUUGGAGGUUAAAAUGCACUAUAGGAGUCCUGAUUUAUUCUUCACUGUUGAGCAGUAAAUGAGCUUCCUCCAACUACAGUAAGGUCCUUCACCUGUGGCAUUACCUACAGCUGACUGUGGCUCUUGGACACAGCACUGGAAAACGAGCUUCGAGGCUUCAGUUGUGGCUGGUAGAUUGCUGUGUGGCCCAGAGGAUCUCAGACUGGUCUGUGGUAGAGGGCACGGCCCUCUGUAUGCGUAUAACCUCAGUACACACUUAAUUCAUACACACAAAUAGGUAAUAUUUAUUUAUACUGGGCACUGGUGCAUGCAAGUGAUAAUGUGCAACCUAACCCUGCUUGAUACUGAAUAAUGGGAGUUAAAAGUAUUUCCUCCAGCUGCAGCAGGGGCCUGAGGCUUCUGUGGUGCUUGCCUUUACUGACAGCUGAAGCUCUUUGAUAGUCUGGCUGUUGCUGUUCCUUGCACAGCCUCUUUUAUUGUUUUUUUUUUUUUGUCCUAAAGAGUUACAAUCAAAGCAGAGAAGCAGUGAUUUAAGAUGGACGUGUGGGAAAGUGCAGAGCAGACUCCAGCUCUGCAACUGGGUCUGUAGUUACCAACACUCCCUGAUGACUGGCCCAGCUUCUUCAGAUGGAUCCAGCACCUCACAGGAGUCGGGUCCUCCAGUGUCCCAGUGCCCAGUGAUGAGAUCUGUAGCCAGUUUGGUGGUGUUACAGAUAGACGUACUGGAACAGCUUGCUUGAAGUGAAGGCAGUGUCUGUCACGGAUCUGGGGAGCUGGGACAAGCUUUCUAUGGAUGAGUGGAUUUAAGAGGUUAUUGUGGAUAUCCUGAUUAAAGUCACAGUGCUUUCAGAUCACAUCCUCUAAAGAACCUUUACUAAAUUUAUUUUUGUUCCUUCUUUAGUGGUAAACAUUGUACCACAAAGACCUUUGCAUUUCCUUGAUUCCCCUCUGCCUAAGAAAUCAUAUGUAGUUCUGUUUUACCAAAAACAAAAGCAGGUAUGGAUUAAAAUGCCAGACAGACCCUCUUUUAUACUCAUCCUCAUGCAGUGCUCUUGAAUAACUAGUUAUGCUAGCAAAACAAAAUAAAUAAAAAAAUAUCCCCAAAACCAAACACUAUUUUUCCUGUUUUAUUAUAUCUUCUGGGGGGAGUACAGCAGCUUUCGAAUAUUCUAGGCUCCUCUUAAAAGAUGUUUCUUCUAACGUGAGCUGUGCUUUUUUUUUAAAAUACAUGUAGACUGUGGCAUUCAGGGGUAAAAUUACAAGGGAGGAAAUGUUGUAAAAGCUCUUUCCCACAUGUCUAUUUGAAGUGUCGAGUAUAUUUGCUUUGGCUUGGAGGGGGGGGAAGCUUGCACUGUUAGAGGUGGAACAGCAGCAGCACUCCCAACAGAAGGUCAAGAACCUUGAAUGCCUCCACUGCAGAGAUGCUCAGAAAGCAUUAAAAAAUAGCCUUGAUCUGUUUCUUCCCUUUUGUCAGUUUGUUCAGUCGCUACACAGAGAUUCUGGGGCUACAGUAAGAGUCAUCCACGGAUCCUUUCAAUAUAGGAUUGUGUACUGAUGCAAUAGCUGCAAAGCCUAGAAGUGGGGACAUGUUAGUGGGAAAGCUGUAAAGUGUGAGCAGCCUCACAGUUAAUGAAAAACUAAGAUAGUCAGAACCUUAAGACAGAUUUGAGGAUUUAAAUCCACGUAAUUGAGAGCUGUAUUAAAAAGGGCCCAUUUGCUGUCCCUGAGUCAGGAGCUUCUUCACACACCUGAAUAAGAAUAUCCCAGCAAGAAGGAUUAAACUUCUCUAUUAUUCUACACCUGAAAAUCAGCCUUGUUUUAACAAAUUAUUGCAACUGAUCAUUUAUCUAGUAUGAGAAAGUUGUGUCUACGUUAGUGUCACACAAAUGUGUUCUCUUCACUAUUUGGUUAAUGAAGGUAAAUGUUUUGAAUCCAUUUUAGAGCAGAGUUCUUGUUCAGAAACUUCUGAAAGAAAUGCCAUCUGUAAUGACUGACGAAUCCUUCGGUGUCAAUUUGGCAAGUUGUCCUACUGUGGGUAGCUGCAGAAAUAUUUCAUGUAUGUUGUAGAUUUAAAAACAUUACUCAUGUUUUCAUUCAGGUGUCUGCAUUUCUGACACAGAUGUGACAUAUCUGUAUAUAUUAUAAAUCAAUACUAUUUUUAACCACGUAUUUUGUACAAAUAUUCACAUUAGCUCUGUAUUUCAGUGAAAAUCUAUUAUGGUAUUAAACAUUUUCGUGGAAUUAGCAAA